AUGGAAAGUGAUAGUGAAAGAAACUCAAUGAGUGAAGAAAAUCUUUCUUAUGACGAAUUUGAACAAAAACCACUUAAAUUAAGACCUUAUGGAAAUGCUGGUGUAAAAGGUGUAAUUAACGACUAUAAAGAAGCCAGAGAACAUGCAGAGCAACGACUAAAAGAAAGAGUUGAAGAGACUAAGAGAAUAAUGAGAGGAGAAUCUUCCAAUAGUAUUGUUCAAGAGAAAUGUGAAGAAGAGGAUCUUGAUGAAAUAGAGAAAGAAUUGUUUGGAGAGGUGGUUAGUGCUCAGGUAUUUAAAGAACGACAAAAACCAGAGGUAUUAAAGAAGAUAGUUAAAAGAAGAUAUGGAGAUGUUCUUGAAUUGGAUGAGGAGGAAUAUGCUAAUACAAUAACUACAUUAGAGGAUGAUGUCUUUGCAGUAAUUCACAUCUAUACUACCUUUGUAAAAGACUGUACAUUAAUUAAUAGAAUGAUGGAAGAAUAUGCACAGAAAUAUCCCUUCGUGUGUUUUGCCAAAAUCACAUGGGAAGAUUCAAAUAAACCAUUUCCAGAAAAAUCACUUCCUGGCUUAUUAAUUUAUAAAGGAGAUUGUAUGGUCAAAUCCUUAUUUGGUUCUGAAGCAUUACCAUUCCUAAAAGAUAUCUUUCCUGGAUUACUAAAUUGA